GUUAAAAAAGUGUCACCGCAAAUGCAGCUGCUGUGUCGGUUGCGCAGCCAGCAGUAGUGAUUCGCGACGAAAGAUGCGCUUCCUCAAAACGGUACCAGCACACAAUGAGCAUCCAAUCGGCCGAAGUGCAUCGAAAAUCCGGCAGCGGUUCCGACAGCGGCCAUGCACCGAUCUCACCCCCAUCGUCUGCCACGAUGGCACACGCACUAACACCGCUCAGCAUCGUGCCGCACAGUGACCGGCCGGAGGGUCGUGGUGCAACGGUGGCCGGUGGCAAAAUGUUCCCGUCCAUCGACGUGACGCUGACGAAGCUGACCCUGCUGAUUAUGCUGCUAAUUGCCGUUAUUGACCACAGCGCAGCGGGUACCUGUUGGUUGCGACGGUACGAGUCGUCGGGAAAGUGCAAUCAGCUGUUCGCGCGUAAUGUGACGCGGGAGAGCUGUUGCGGGGCAGGCACUAGUGGCGGGAAGGGCUUCAGCGAGCGGGACAUACCCGAUGUCGGACUGUUCUUCCUCAACGCGUUCAACGACGGGAUGGAGUGCACAUCGUGUUUAGAUACCUGUGACCGGGCUAAAUGUGGCCCAAACAAACGCUGUGUGAUGCGCCGCAAUCGUCCCAAAUGCAUUUGUGCACCGACGUGCAGCGGCGGCGGCAGCAACAAACGUCGUCCACAGUCACCGAGACGCAACAACCGGCUGCAACAGCUGCACCAGCCGCACCAUCACCCCGAGCAGCAACCCCGCUUUCACCAGCAAAACAUUAAGGUGAUCAACCUGAGCGAAAGCCAGCGAAACCACCGACAGUAUUUCGCCGACACCGGGCGACAACCAAGGCCGCGCCAGCUGCGGUACACCGGCCCAGAGACGGUCGACGGGCGUGGCGGCAGGAGUGUAAAAAAGUCUAGCCUAAGUGAAAACCGAUCACCCGGUGGUAGCCAAAGAGCAGCAAGCGCGAAACACAGCGCUAAGGAUAACGCUAAGGAUAAGAAGCAUAAUUUAUUGGAAUCUGUGACAUUAGUGAGUAGUAGUAGUCGGGAUGGCAGUAGUAGUAAUAGCAGUAAGAACAGUAGAAGUAGUGGCACCAGCACGUCCAAAGGUACCCACCCGACCCGUAACUGUACCGCGCCCACCUUCGGUCCCGUACCGCCCGGCUGCACCCCGCCCGGACGCGAUUGGACUGGUGGGCAACGGAUCGUGUUGCAGCAGCACGGCCUAGCUUUAAAUUUACAUCCCACCGGCAGCAAGGGUCCAAAGGCAUCCAAAGGCAAAGGGCGCACGGUUGCAUCGACCUUUAACCCACCCACAACGCGACGCCACCAUCGGAAGGAUGGUCCGGUGCGUGGCAAUCAGACGAUGAACGAACUAACCCACCGAAAGCCGUCCACCGCGGCACCGUUCGUUGCGUUCGGGAAGCCAAAGUUGCUGCGUGUUCCGCGGGUCGGUCGCAAGCAGAACGGUACGGCGGUACGGGUACCGCGCCGUGAGCCAAGCUAUCUGGACGACGUAUUCUUCAUCGAAAACUAUCAUCAACAGCAGCGAAGGAAUCGCAACCGCAACGGUCUGCCGAUGGAGGAUUACUGGGGCAACGAAAUCAUGCGUCAGACUAGUUUCUACAAUCCAGUUUGCGGCACUGACGGUAGAACGUACAAAACUGAAUGUCAGUUGAAGAAGCGUGCUUGCAGACAAGAGAUUGCAUCGCUUGUAGUCGCGUACAAAGGACACUGCCAAACAUCAUGUAAGUUUGUCCAGUGUCCGGAUGGGAAGCGGUGCAUCGAGGAUCAAAAUGCAGCGCCACACUGUGUGUCCUGCGGUGGUGCGGAGUGUCGCGCCGAACGAUCGCCCAAAUCAGUUGUGUGCGGUACGGAUGGGAACACCUACCCGAGCAUCUGCGAGCUGAAGCGGCAGGCCUGCCUGACCGGUCGAGCCAUCCCGGUUGCUUAUCGGGGACGCUGUGUCGAAGCCGCCACAUGCGAGACGAUCAAGUGCAAGGAUCGGCAGCACUGUCUAACGGAUCUGAAAACGCAUAAACCGCGAUGUGUCAGCUGCAGCUACAAAUGUCCCCGCAUGAAACGCCAACAGGGCUACGGAAAGUCUUUUCGUGAUGCCAAAAAUUUCCCCUUCAACGAUCACCACGCCAAGCUUUGCGGUACCAACAAUCGAACAUAUCACUCCUGGUGCCACAUGCAGAAGGACUCCUGCACGACAGGAUUUUACAUCGAUGUCCAACACAGUGGCACAUGCGCCUUUGGAAGGUAA